GUCAUCUUCAGUUUAUAUUAUUAAACUAUUGUUUGAAAACAUAAUCGGAAAUACUUUAUAAAUGAAUAAGCUUUUUACAUGUUUCUAAAUAUAACAUUUCAGUAUACAUUAUACAUUCAAACUGGAAAACCCAGUUAAAUCACGAGAAAAACAGAAAUGAAACUCACUUGGUUAUACGUUUUAAUAUUGUUAUUGUAUGAGAUGUAACUUUAUGGAUGUGCUGUUCGGACUGGUGUGUGAUGAAAUCAGUGUAAAAUGGCAGAACAUGAGGAAAAAUGCCAAAGCUGAGAUAACAAUGAAAGGCUCCAGCGGAGAGAGUGGGCGGGGUUCAGAUACACUGAAGAAGGCCACAGUCCAAGCGAAUAGAAUUGUGGCUAUACAUGCUGAUGCCAGUUUUAAUGGAGUUGUAGGUGGGAUGGACUCUGAUGAGCCAGAUGGUCUUUCGUUCAUACUCAAGCUAACUGAUGAAGAUAAUGAGGAAAGUGAUACUAUUAGGUCCUCAAAGUUUCCCCCGCCAUCCAAGGUCCUAAUGUCAGCACAGACCACUGCAGGACCAUCAGAGAGCAGCCACAAGGCGGAGUCUUACCAUGCACAGAAGCAAAACGUGUAAGGUAAUCAAUGUGUAUGAUGAUGAUGAUAAACAAACAGCGAUGAUAAUGAACUAACAGUGGUUAUGAUGAACGAGCAGUGGUGAUGAUGAACUAACAGUGGUGAUGAUGAACGAGCAGUGAUGAUGAUGAACUAACAGUGGUGAUGAUGAACUAACAAUGAUGAUGAUGAACUAACAGCGGUGAUGAUGAACGAGCAUUUAUGAUAGCAGUGGUAUAUUUUAAUUCAUAUCAAUACUACACAGAGAAGAAGUUUUCAACAAUAAAGUCCCUAAUGGCCACGCCAGUACCGCCAUCUUGGUGUACUCCAUCAUUCCAAUUAUGUGGUUGCAUGAACUCAUCGUCGUUCAUAGGCAUGUUCAUGUCUACUGCAAUGCUAUGGAGGAUAACACAUGCCACAGCUACCUUGCAUACCUUCUCUUGUCUGAGGCAAAUUCAUGUUCAUGCCCACUGUCUCCUAAAAGGACACCAUCUGAAAGCGCCACAUGUUCAAUGGUCAGCUUGGCUGCCAAUUCCGACGUUCUAAACACGUGCGCGUCGUGGCAUGACCCAGGUGAGCUUGCAUUUACACUUGUAAAUUUCCUGUAAAAAGAUAAAACAAUUAAACUGUGCAAUAAUAAUCAGACUUGCAAAUGGUUCACUUAGGCAGUUGUUCACUUGGGUAAUGGUUCACUUCGUCCUGCACCCUCCAAACUCUAACAAAUUGUAUGCAUAGAUUCAGCAUACCAAAUAUUUAAUUGACAAAAUAAUUAUUGUGUUAAGCGUUCGAAAGAAAAGAUGGAAAUACUGAAAAUAAAAGUGGAAAACUCAAUGUUUCAUACCUUUGAUGUCACAUACAGCAUGCAUGUUGAUGCUAUGGAAGCCUUUCCUAUUCAAGAAGGCUGGUUCGUCUUCGGAUGGCGCCUGGAUUCGGAUAUGUGUUCCGUCUACACCUCCAACAACAUUCGGGAAUCCAGCUUUCUUAAAAAAUUAUAUUAUAUUUUAUGCUCGAGCAUUGGCAUCGGCCUCAUCACAAACCGAUGUACAUUUCCACAAAUGGCUUCUGUCACUUGCGCUACAACACGUGACACAGUGCACUUGUGGUAGCCCAUGCUAUCACCAAAGACGUUGAAAAAUGCUUCUGUAGCAAAGAAACGCAACGUAGAAUCAGAAUCAUCUGUCUCACGAUAAACAAUUGUAAUGGACGAAGAGCAAGUACAUCGUCUGCGCGAAAACCGCGUUAAGAUCGUCAAUGACCUUGAACCUUGUGGACGUGUCCUUGACACGCUUUUUGAGGAAGGAAUACUCACUGAAAAUGACGUGGAACUCGUGUCGUCUGCGGGCACAAGGAAAGAACGUUGCCACGCGCUACUUGCGGUGCUUCCGUCACGCGGUCCGGUAGCGUACGGGUCUUUCCAAAAGGCUCUCAGCACGGGAAAUUAUGAGUUCUUAGCAACCAAGCUAAGUAUUGAAAACGAAAUGUUAACUCUAGAAGCCGAUUUUCGAAGUUCAAUGACAAAAGAUAAGUUAGGAAUUUCCAAAUAUAGCAGACGACAUCGGAAUAAUGAGGGGACCGUAAAAUGCGAGAGUUGUUUAAUUUUUUUUACUGAAAUAGAGAACAGUGCCAUAGUUUCAAAGAGAGGUUUAUUCACUAUUAUCGAGAUACAUUGUUGUUUACUGCUUGAUUAUAUUGAACCAAACGACUUGAUAGACCACUUGUUCCAAGAACAUAUUCUCAGUGCAGACGACAUUGACGCCGUCUGUUCGUGCCUGACAAGACGACAAAGGUGCGAGCAGCUAUUUCGUCUGCUACUGGUAAAAGAGGAUGAUGUAGUGACAAGUCUGAAGAGAGCCUUGACAAAAAAGUACUCAUACAUCGUACAAACCAUUGAAACCCGUAGUGAACAGCAAAAGGUUAGCACGACUGACGACUUGGAAAAUCGUACGGAAAACAGCGGCAGAGAAAGUAGAGAAAGGAGAUAUGAAGUUCAUCGCACAAGAGUGAAAGCACAUUUUGGUUGUGAGCAAACGGGAAUAGAACAGUUAAAGGAUUUGCAAAGAAUCGAAACUGACAUUUCCGAUGGAGCAACCGUUGUCGAUUCGGCGAUAAUUCACAUGACUCCAUUGAUUAUUAUGAAACAAUCACACGAACAGAGAAAACUUUACAAGCCUGAAAAGGCAAAAUGUGAACACAUUUGUAAGCAGGUGAUCUCUAUCAAAACCGAAAAGCCGAAACAAAGACUCCAAGUAGCUUUCAAUUAUCUGAGCACGCUCAUCAAUCAAGGCGAGUAUACGAAGUUCGAAGAUACAACCACUCAGUUAAGGGUUCGGUUUCCAAAACAUUAUGAUCUGAUGUGUAUUUUGGGCUACCUGCAAGCCAGCAGAGAUUUGUUUAAAACCGACUUCGAUUCUGCUAAAUGGCGUAUAAAUGACACAAUGGCGCUCGUACCAAAGUCUUCCAAUCCUCGUUAUUUGACACUAGAACUCAUCACAGCAAAGACGAGAAUGUACCUUACACAGAAGAAAAUGGAAAAGUUAAAGACGACGCUUGAGGAAGCCAUGAUGAUUAUGGAGACAGACCCGCUUGGCUGCACCGGAAGAGCGGCUGGGUGGCUCUUUAUCAACCACGCAAGGAACAUGACCGCUCAACUCUCGUAUCUGAAUCUCAGUAAGCCAGGCGCUUUCAAUGUCUACAAUGGAAUAUUCAACACAGCUAAAACAAGCUUCUUGCGGUCAAUGACUAACUUUAAACGGGAUGGCGGAAAUGACGGACCAUUCGGAUUCGGGUUCGCUCUGUGUCGUCUGGUGAUUCUGCUGCUGAGAUGUGGAGAUAACGGACUCACUAUGGGGCUUAUCAAGCCUCCCGACGAUGACAUCAUUUCCGCCGAAAAAUACAUGCGACAUUUGGAAGACUCGGAUAUUCCGAUUACCAAAAUACUCGAAAUGCAGUUGAGAUUAGCAAAAUGUGAUUAUGUCUUUCAUCGAAGCCACUUAACACGAGCAUUUGAGCACGCCACAGAGGCUUACAACCUCGCAACAGCCAUGAACUUGUUGGAGUUCACCGAACAUGCGCACAACAGGAUGUCUUUUCUGAAUUCGAAACAAUCUAUCACAUGGCCAGACGAUGACAUUUCAGAGGAAGAUGUCAACCGGAUAUUGUUCGAAGAUUCAACAAGCGAAGGGGAAAUACAUCCCAGGGAAUACAUUCUCUCUUCUUAAUUGUUUGACUAUGAACAAAACUGCGUUUAAUUAUGUGUGCCUUUUCAGUUAGAUGAAUAGAAUCACUGAAGUAGAAGCAUUUUGAAAAUGGUUAUUUACAUGCGCAUGUACAAUUAAUUCUUUAAAAAACAAUGCAAACGCAAGUUCAAUCCAUUUCCGAUUCUUUCCGGUAUUUCUCUAAUGCUAUAUUUAAAGGCCCAAUAUAAAUUUGCCCCUGAUGUUAUGUUAUAAAUGACGACGAUAUAAGUAAUGGGGGUUUUUGAAAAGUAAAACUACAGUCAUAAGCGUUCUGUAU